UUUACUUCUGCUGCAGUUUAGCUUCAAUGAACAAAUUCUCUCAUUAAGUUCUUAUGGUAAAAUACCAGGAAUCUUAAGGUAACCGUCACACUGCUAUAAUGACUGACAGUAGUCUUGAAAACAAUGAUGGAAUUAAAGACACCUGUAAAAUGGGAGGAGAAGAAGAAUUACAACUGGUUCCUGGAUUUCCAUCCAACCCUUCCAGUUCUGAAUUGUGGACCGACAAUUGUCUUUCCACCAGCAGGAAUAAAGAAGGCUUUCUGGAAAAACCACCUUUAUCUUACGUAGCCUUAAUUGCAAAGGCAAUUCUCUCCUCCCCUACAAAUAAGCUGAAUUUAGCUGCAAUUUACAAGUAUAUUGAGGAUAAUUUUCCUUACUACAGGAACAAAGAUCAAGGUUGGAGAAACAGUGUGAGACAUAACCUUUCACUAAAUGAUUGUUUUAUCAAAGUAGGAAGAUGUGAGGAUGGGAAAGGAAAUUACUGGAGCAUCCACCCAGCAAACUUAAAUGAUUUUGUUCAUGGGGACUUUAAGCAACACCGAAGAACACGAAAGCGAGGGCGUCAAAAGGAUUAUCUCUCUAUGAAUUACUUCAUGCCAUGGCAAAAUUGUUCCUGUUUAGCACCAAGUUCACUUUACCGAACACAUUCCUAUUUUCUGGACCCUGUUUGGAAAAUGCUUUAUGCUGACAGUCUGUAUUUUGCACAUGAAUAUCAAAAGUGGAAUGUUAAUUAUGGUUUCAGUAUAGGAAAGUUUUCACCUCUGAUACAGUUUGAUGAACCAAAGGGGAAUUAUAUGGAUUGGUUCUAUGGAUUACAUACUUCAUCAGCUACACAGCAGAAUAUUUUUCUAAAUGUUCAACAGUCAUUCCCUAAUUCCAUUUUUUUCUCCUCUGACAGUCAGCCGAAAAGUUAAGCAUUCAGCCACACUUGUGAGUACCAGAAAGAAUGUCACUUGCACUUGAAGUGCAGUAAUUUCAAAGGCAGCUGUAUUAAUGAACAUUUAUAUAGAUAUAAUGCCAUAAUAUAUAAUAGUGUGUGUGUGUGUGUGUGUGUGUGUGUGUGUGUAUAGAGAGAAUCUUACCUAGUUACAUAAGCCAAUGAUUAGCAAUGAUUAUGAACUAGAGUAUUAGCUUUUGCAAUUAUAACAAUUAGUGCGCUUUUAAAAAAAUUUCUACUUGUACAUCAUUGGUGUUGUAUAGCCUAUAAAGCAUAAGAGUAAAUCAAAUAUGACUGAUCACUCAACAGAACUAAACUAGAAUUGCCCUAUACCAGUAAUACUGAUAUAUAAUGCCAUGCUUUUUUAAACUGAUGCCAAUAUACAUGGAUGUAUGUAAUAUGCUUACAUUUACUAAAAAAAAUCAUGUAUAGUAAUAAAUAUUACCAUAUAUUCCCUUCCCCAUUGCUGAUAUUUCUGAAAUGCUAUAAUUAUCACAUACAUUUUAAAAUACUACAUGAAUUACCCUUCUGAAAAUUGUAUUUGAUAUUGUUAGGCAAGACUCGCUUUAUAUUAUUUAUGGUCUGGCAGAUUAUGUUUGACAGGCACCAUACAUUUAUACAGGUCUUUAUU